AGAAGAGAAAACCGGAGGCAUGUGAAGUUAGUGUCACUUUCACCAGAGAUGGAGAAUUCAGUUGAAGAUGAGUGCGCUGACUCGGGAGCGGAGACCGGAGGUUGUGAACGAUGAAAAGAUGCACUCUGGUUUGUUCAUAGAAAAACAGGAAAAAGACAGUGGGAGAGGAAAGGAAAAAGAUUGACCGGAGAGCUAUAAAAGGUCUGACUACAGUCUUAUGUCAUCAGCAAGCAGUGAUUUGUCCAUGGGGGACCUACAGGAUCCUUUCCUAGUUUCUAUCCACAUCAUCACUGACCCUGGUCAGGCCAAAACGCUCCAGAAAGCUGCUGAUCAGGUUCUCUCGUGGCUCCACCCUGAUCUCACCCUCUUCAGGGUAUCAGAACGGGCAGGUGGUCUCUCCCGAAAGCCCAAGGUCCGCCCGCAGCGCAUCACCGAACCGCCAUCACACCAGCCAGCUUUAGCUGUAAUCCUGUUUCUACAGGAUGAAUACGGAGGUGAAGAGAGUUUUGAACGCCUCCACAGUCAGCUUAGAUGCCCACCGUGGCGAUACCACCACACAGAGCGGGUGAACGGGCGAGGGCUCUUACCAUUUUCACCAGCCAGCCAAGACUUUGUUACACUGGCGCCAGGCACACCUCUAUGGGCACUUCGUCAGGUGCACUAUGGCAAAGAGAUUGUGCGCUUUACAGUCUACUGCUGCUAUGAGACCUACACCGAACAGGUGCGUCUGUACAGACUGCUCCUGCGCCGAAGGCUGGCCCAGAAGAAGGAGGAUUUCUGCUUCUGUGUGGUCUACUCCAACCCUGAAACAGAAAUCCAGCUGUCAUUCAAGCGGAUGCCCCGUGGCCAGAACCCUGUCCCUACUGAAAAUGCUGUGAUGGAGAUUCGAGUGAGGGAUGUCGGUGAACUUGUGCGGCUGCUGCCACAGCCAUGCACUCCCAUCAGUGAAGUCCGCUGGCAAACCAACGAUUAUGAUGGAAAUAAAAUAUUGCUACAGGUUCAAGGUUCGCGGUAUUACCGCAAACACACUAUUGCGAAGUUCCAUCACCUUCCUACUGAUGAUCCCCUGGUCGCCUCCCCUCCUCCACCCGUGCCGCCCCCUCCACCUCCUCCACCAUACGGCCGUGGGCCCGCCUCCUAUCGCAAUCGCCGUUACCACCGGAGCUCAUCGCGUUCCCGGACCCAGACCCUUCCGUCUCCAGUCACACACACCACCAGGACAUCUCCGCCUACACUGUGUGAUCAGGAUGGCCACAUGGAGAGGCUCCAGAGGGAUGUGGAGCUCUCGCGGGCGGGAUGGACAGGCCACCGCACACAGUCCCUCUUUUCUCUGCCUACAGACGAGUCGCGCUCCUCCUGUGCCUCUCCGUCAAGCUUUCGUCCUCGCUGCUUCUCUUCCAUGGCUGCUCCAAUUUUCCGUGUCAAUGUAGAUACGCUAGUGGGAGCCGAAGAGACGGAUGUGGACACGGGACAAACCAUCAGCGGCAGCUCUGUGGACCUGUCGGUGGUCUCAGGUUAUUCCCAUCCACAGCUGAGGCGCCAUUUAAAAUCCCCAGCACCACGGCCCAAGUCUGCUCCUCCAACAGAUCGAGGUCUUGACUUUGCCGAUCUGACCUAUAAUAAUGCCUCCCCCAUAAGACAGACUCCUGUGCUAUCUAGAACACAAAGCAUCUUUGCAAAAUCCACACCUUGUGUAGUACACAAACCACAGCCAAAGAAUGUGAAGGAUGUGUUGCAAGAUAAUGGCAUUUUGACCGUAAAUGACUGUAGUCAAGAAGGCACUGUGGAGGAAGAGCAAGAAUUUUAUAUCUGACAAAUAAAGGACAAUCAUCUCAUCAGCAGGUAUCCAGAACUAUGGGUAAAAAAACCCUGAACAUUUUAAGGAUUUCUAUAAUUGCAAGCGGCUGAGUAUUUAAAUGUAAAAACCCUUAAACCGAUCGUUCACCCCCCCAAAAAAUAUUUUUUCAUCAUUUACUCACUCUCAUGUCGUUUAAUGAGUAAUAAAUAAUUGUGGUUAAAUAAGCCUUGUGAAGAGAUAUGAUCAUUUUAUAUAAUGAGCAGAUUUAAUUAGGCAUUUAUUCACAUAUAAAACAAAUUUUACAGGUUUGGAAUGAUAUGAGGGUGAGUGAAGGAUGACAUUUUUCAGGUGAAUAUUUUAUUUUUUAAUUGAACUAUUUAAGCUUUUGUUCUAUAGCACAUUUGUUUUAUUAGAAACAGGCAAUGCUUAAGAAUGUGCAUUCAUAAUGAGUGACUUUAAGACUGAAUCAAAUUGACGUGUAUUUGUUGUACGUAUGUUGUGGUAUUCUGUAGCGUUUCAUAAUAGUUGUAAUAACAAUAGAGCUUCAUUGCUUAUGUCAGAAAGCUCAACGAAGAAUAAAACUAUGCCAUCUAGUGGUUGAACAUGGCAAACGUACAGGUGCUAGACAAUUGUCAUGCCACAAGAAAAUACUGCAGUCUGUACAGUUUGUACCGUUUCACCAUUUGUUCUGUACGAGUUUAAGAAAAUUGUUUCAUACAUGAAUAGUAAUAUUAUUAAUAAUAAUUAAAUUAUAUGUAAAUGUUUUGUUUUAAAUAUUUCUCAGUCACAGAUGUCACUCCAAAUUAUCAAUGAUUAUAAGGAUAGAUAAGAAAAUAAUCAAGGAACUCACUAAUGUCUGUGUUUACAAAUAUAAAAUUAUUAUCUUGUAAUUCAGUUCAUGGUGUGAGUAACUUGCUGUUGAUAUGAUGUUGUAAUAAAACCAAAUCAUUAUAAUGGUUAUUACAGGGGUUAGUUUGCAGCUGUUUCUUUGAUGAAAAAAAUAAAUAAAUAAUGAUUUGAGGAAAGUUG